CACCGCUCAACUACCUGCAUUGUUUUCGUGCUCUGAAAAAUGUUGGGGAAAUUAAAAACAGAAUAUUUUUUUGCUUGCGUUGCAAUUCUUUUGAGGGAACUCGAUUCAACAAAUGUCACAAGCGUCUCAAGACGGAGCGCCAAGCAAUACUGGGGUCAAGGAUUUAUGCCUCCGUAUUAUUAUCCACCCUCCAUGGGAGGCUAUGGAGGGCAGGGCUGGAGACCCCAAGGGCACGGGUGGAGCCCACAAGGUCCAGGAUGGGGUGGCCAAGGUCAAGGCUGGGGACCACCAGGACAAGGAUGGUAUGACCAAGGAGAAGGAUACGAAGAGCCAGGUGAAUAUCAGUAUCCUCAUCCCUGGCCGUUGAUCAAGGAUCCAGCUUAUCAUGCAUAUUGGGGACAGGCGCAGGAGAGGGGAGCAUGCAUAGCAAAAGGCGCGGCGUGCGACUGGACAAAGAGAGAUACGUGCUGUUGGCCCUUGGAAAAUGGGUGCUACAAGGAGAGCAACAUCCUUAGCAGAUUUAUAUGCAAGAAGAGCUACACCGGGGAAUGUGUUGCAAAAGGGGGGGAUUGCAGUAAGGUGAAGAAAGCCUUUGUCAAUGUGUGUUGUGAUCCAACAAACAAUCACUGCGAUGGGAAAUGGAACCAAUGGCAGUGGCACUGCGUGGCAAGAUGAUUCCGAUUUAAAUUGGGAACCGGACAACCAAAUCUUUAACUUAGGGGACGUUCAUAAACUACGUGACGCAAUAUUGACGAUUUGUUAACCCCCCCCCUUCGUAUACACCUCACUUUAACGCAAUGGCCCUACCCUUCCUUCCCCCUACGCUGCGUUAUGAACGUCCCCAUUUACAAAUUUAGAAGCGGACUCUGUCCCUGGCUCGGGCUUAGUGAAGUCUCUAUACAACUCAUGAAACUAACUCCAUACCCAUAUUGUAUGUUUUAAAAACUUCCAUCCAAUCAUAAAAUUUAAACUUUGCACAUAUAAAAAAUAUAUAGUUCACAAGAUCAAAUAAAAAUGUUAAAGAA